UCUUUAUUUUGUCAAAACAAAAUCUAAUACCCCUCCACCGGUCAGUUCCCAAUCGCCACUCCUCAGUCUCCGAGCAUACUGUUCCUCCACCGCCCGCCGCCGCCGUUAUCUCCGGAUAACUUAAAACCCUAACUUCUGGUGUAAGCGCCUGAAAUUUACUAGACUCGCCUAAAUUCAUGGAAGGUCGGUAUGUGGUAAACUCAAGAGCAAAUUCCUCCGCCUUAUUUUCAGCUCAUAAAUUUCAUGCUCAUCCGCUCUUACCCCCAAAAAUCACAUAUUUAAGGUUUAUGCCGCAGACCCACAUGCUGAAUCACUCUCCUCACAAGCAAUUUUCAAUUAAAUCUCAAAUGGUUGAAAUAAAUGCUGGAUUGGCUUCAAUGUCUAAUCCUACAAUUUCUAAUGAAGAUUUGCUUAAAGUUAAAGAGUGGGAAAUUGGGAUGUUGCAAGGUGAACUUGCUGCUAGUCAAGGCAUCAGUAUCAGGAGGCGACCUCCAACUGGACCACCUCCUCACUACGCAGGCCCUUUUGAAUAUCACUUGCAAAACGAGGGAAAGACUCCUUGUAAUAUUCUUGAAGAAAUUAUAUGGUACAAGGAUGUGGAAGUCUCUGAGAUGAAAAAGAGGAAACCGCUUUCAAUGUUGAAAAUGUUGCUUGAUAAUGCACCGCCUGCUAGAGAUUUUGUUGGAGCUCUUAAAGCUGCAAAUUCGCGGACUGGCGUUCCUGGUUUAAUUGCUGAAGUUAAGAAGGCCUCACCUAGUCGAGGGGUUAUGAGAGAAGAUUUUGAUCCUGUUCUGAUUGCUAAAGCCUAUGAAAAAGGCGGAGCACCUUGCCUUAGUGUUUUGACAGAUGAGAAGUUUUUCCAGGGAAGCUUCGAGAACUUGGAGGCAAUAAGGAAUUCUGGGGUUCAGUGCCCUCUGUUGUGUAAAGAGUUUAUAAUAGAUGCUUGGCAAAUCUACUAUGCUCGAGUUAAAGGUGCAGAUGCGAUUCUGUUGAUUGCGGCUGUUUUACCCGAUUUAGACAUCAAGUACAUGGUUAAGAUAUGCAAGUUACUAGGCUUAGCCGCGCUGGUGGAGGUACACAACGAGAGAGAGAUGGAUCGUGUUUUAGCAUUAGAGGGCAUUGAGCUAGUUGGCAUCAAUAACCGCGACCUAGGAACAUUCAAGGUUGAUAUUAGCAACACUAAGACCCUUCUAGAAGGCGAGCGUGGAGAAAGGAUACGUGAGAGGGGCAUCAUUGUCGUUGGGGAAUCAGGACUUUUUACUCCUGCUGACAUUGCUUACGUUCAAGGAGCCGGUGUAAAAGCAGUAUUGGUUGGUGAAUCGAUCGUUAAACAGAAAGACCCUACUGCUGGAAUAGUUGGUCUGUUUGGUAAAAAUAUCGCUUCGUGAGUGUAUUAGUUAGCUUUUGUGAUGCUGUUGCUGGUGAGGUAUGAAAAUUUAAUCUGCCCUAAACCAUUUUUGUUCGAGGUUUGCAAGCCAUGUGUGAUGCAUGAGUUAGUGUUAUCCCGUUGUUUGGUUGGUCUAAUGGUCGGAGUGGAUAAGAAUUAGUGGCCAAAAAGGUCGCGUGUUUGGAUAUACCAAUGUCGUUUUUGUGGGAUUUGCAGUUAUUGAACAAGAUUAUGGCUUA